AUGCAGUUCCGGGGGGUGCAGGACCCGGCGAUGCGGGCCAUCCAGCGGGGUGAGAGCCCCGUGGUGGCGGUGAUGCCCACCGGUGGGGGGAAGAGCAUGCUGUUCAUGGUGCCCGCAUUCGCCGCCCCCGGGGGCACCACCAUCAUCGUGGUGCCACUCGUCGCAUUACGGGCUGAUAUGACCAGGCGCUGCCAGGAGCUCGGCAUAUCGUGUACGUUUUUGAACCGGCUGCGGUGGACCCGGCGGUUGGACCGGAUUGUGAUCGAUGAAUGCCAUGUGGUGUUGAAUUCCCAGCACGAUUUCCGGCCCCAGAUGGCUCAGCUGGGCCGGUUGGUCCAGGCCCGCACCCAGAUGGUAUGGUUGACCGCCACGUUGCCCCCGAGCAUGGAGGCCGAAUUAUGCCGGUGGAUGAAGUAUGACCGGGCCGCCGUGACCAUAUACCGGGCCUGGACCAGCCGGCUGAACGUGGUAUACCGGGUGUGGCGGCCGGACAUGACCGGGGUCAUCAUAUAUGCGAAUAUCAUUGGGCAGGUGACGGCCAUGGCGCGGGUGCUUGGGUGUGAGGCGUAUUACAGUGAGCAGUUGGACAAGGCCGGGGUGCUGGCGCGGUUCAUGGGGGCCAGCCCCGUGAUCGCCGCCACCAGCGCGUUAGGCAUGGGGGUGGACAUCCCUAAUAUCCGCAGCAUCAUCCAUAUUGGGACCCCCCGGAUGUUACUGGAUUACGCGUAGGAGAGUGGCCGGGCUGGGCGAGAUGGACAGCGCAGUGAGGCAAUUAUUAUCCAGCCAGCUGGGUGGGAUGCCCUAGCUCCAUGGAUGGAGGGCGUCGCCCAUGAGGACCAGGAGCGGGUUGCUGAGUAUAUGGGGGUGGUGGAAGGCAUUGGGUGCCGCUGGGUCGU